AUGUCGAAAAAAGUUCCAAAUGAAGAGGUUGAGGAAAAGAAUAUUAAAAAUAAAUCAGUGAUAAAAGGUUGUCCAUCACUAGAUUUGAACCAAUCCUCAGAAGAAAUGGAUCUCCAGUUAAAUCCUUUUCCUAACUUGACAGAUACCAGUAAAUUGGAGCCCUCAAAGGCAUCGGAGCCUCAGCAUGUGGUACACGAGGAGGAACCAGAAUACAGCUGCAACUUUUGCCCAAAGAAGUUCUUUAAUAAGCAAGCGCUAGGUGGACAUCAAAACGCUCAUAAAGUUGAGAAGGUCGGGCAAAAGCGAGCUUCACAAGGACAAGAAGCUACUUUAGGAUAUCCAGGUAAUGUCAUUAACUCCUUCCCUUUUCCAAAUUCCUUCAACGAAGUUCCGAAGAUGAUUAAGAGCGCACACUACCCGCAAUAUAUGGAGCAUCAAGUGCAGAAUGAGUGCCCAGGCUCCUUGUUCCCCAUGCCUCAUGAAUCUGGUGUAGCUCAGCCGUUUAGAUUUGGUGGCUUUUCCACUAUCCCAAAACAAUCCUCUAAACCACAAAUGGAUGCCCGUGACUACCCAGGCUCCAUGUUCCCAACUUCUAAUGGAUAUAAGGCACCGUAUCCCUUUAUGGAACUCAGUAGCAUUUACAAAAGCGUGGAAAUACCCCCUGUUAUGUCAAUUGGGAGAAGGACGGGUCCAAUAGGACAGGGCGCAAGUACAUCUAAUGUGAGCUCCACAGCCAUUGCAAAGAAUGAUAAUGCAAAGCAUCACAGACACAUCAAGAAUGCAGAGGUUCAACACCCAGAAGAUGGCCUCGACUUAUCAUUAAAGCUGUAA